AUGUCUUCACGCGCACUCCAAAAGACGGAUAUCCUACAUGAGAUCAUCGAAAAAUAUGCAGAUCUUGAAGGAGGAUGUACGACGGAUGAGCAGCGACAACAGCUCGCCUCUCUGUGCAGAGUGUGCAAGACAUUCUACGACCUUGCCGUCAAAGUGCUUUGGGCGCGACUCCCUUCUCUGCGCCCUCUACUCUCGCUCCUCCCGGAAUUCGAUUACGCUUAUCGAUUGUACAUCUUCAGCGGAUCAACGCAGCCUUUUCAAUGCACCCUCUCAAAGUCUGUCAGCCCAGAGGAUUGGACACGCUUCAGGCAGCAUGCCGCUCUUGUUCGCAACUUAGCCAACGACGUUCGUUCUCUGCUUCCGUGCAACUAUCUCCUCUCGGGCGACGGCUGGUCGCAUCUUGGUCGUCUCUUGGCCGGCGCGCCGCUACUCCCUUCCCUUCGCGACCUGGUGUGGGAGCCCAUGCGUACAUACGAAGACUUCACCCUCUUGGUAUCACCAUCGCUGAGAAACCUGUCUCUACGUUGCACCUGGAGCGCGCAGUCCGGCUCGGAGACCACUCCCGUCGAUCCGCUCCGAGAGGCUCUGAACAAGACACACGUGCUCACCUCCUUGCGAAUCACCGAUUUCGACAGCAACUUACUCGCUCUGUUCACGUCAGAGGAGCUUAUUGGUCUCGAAGACGUGCAAAUUAGAGUGCAGGCCCUGGACAGGCUAGCCCGCACGCCGAUGCAGGCGCCAGCCUACGGGUACCCGAACGCCGCCUCCCUGCGUGUUUUGUCAACUCUCCCCGCGCUCAAGCGCCUCCAGAUCGACUUCAGGUCUCCGGGAGCCGGGUUUGACUUCCAGGGGUUUCGCGCCCUGAGAAACCUGCGCAUGACAGACUGCGGCGGCGACGUCCUAGCGCUCCUCGGGACGUUCCGCUCGCCCGAGCUCCGCCAACUUGUCCUCAUCUUCUCCAGCGGCCCGUUCACGCCCGCGUUCUCCUGGCGCGAGAUGCACUCGCUCUGUUCAACCAUCGCACGGCACUCCCCACGCCUCGAACAUCUCACCCUCAUGUUCAUGACCAUCCGGCACGUCGAGCGAGCGUCCGAGGCCACACUCGCCGCCGUCAGGCCUCUCCUGGACUUACACGACCUAAAGGAGGUGCGGCUCUGGAGCGGGAAGGAGGCGAUCGGCUUCUCCGACGCCGUCUUGACAGCAUUCGCCGAGGCGUGGCCCGUGCUCCUCUCCCUCAGCCUCUGUUGCCACACAGACCGCACGUUCACCCUGUUCGACCCCCCGAGCGAAGGGGACCCCGACCCGCACGCGGUCACCCUGCGCGCCCUGGCCGCUUUCGCCCAACACUGCAAGAGCUUGGACAACCUCCGGCUGCCCCUUCUGUACGUCCCGGCCGGGGACAUCGCGGAUCCGCCAGCGACGCUGGGCCACCCGCUCCGCUCCUUGGGCAUCUGUCGCGCGAGAAUCGCGGACGCACGCGCGUGUGCUGUCGUCGUCGGGCGCAUGUUUCCGGGUCUCGAGGUUGGGCCGUCGCGGGACGACACGACGUUCUGCAUCAACUCGUUUGCGCCUGGCACGUCGGAAUGGCUCGACGUACUGCCCGCGCUGGAGAGCAUCCGUGGGGAAGAGGAGGCCGCCGUCGCGGGGCAAGCCUCCGAGUCCGCGGCUUGA